GCAAAGAGAAAAGUAAACCAACCAAAAUUCUGAGAAAAGACACGUUUGGUAAAAAUCAUGAACAUUGUUGUGUCUCAGUAAUGGGUGCACAGGAGUUCAUUCCACUAUUCAGUCUACUUUCAUAUAUGUUGGAAAUUUUUCAUUAAAAAACUUCUAGCCCUCACCAUGAAGCCAUCUGAUGAAAAGAGAGGGAGGGGAAAAAAAAAACUCAUUGUAUGAAAUUGCAUAAAAUUCAGCCAACCUCCAAACAAGAAUAAAAACAGUUUUUAAAAACACUCAUGAAUCGCUGCAUGGCUCAUUCAAUUUCAGGGUAAUGAUGUAAUUAGAGGAGAUCAGUCAUUAGAAAAGAUUAAUUUUAAGACAUCUGCUGCUGUCAGUGGCAGAUGGCAGAAGAGGGGAACAUUCAAAGCAAGGGGCUCUCAAUCCAUCUCUGCUACUUACAGUUGGUUUUAGGCAAAUGUCUUCGAUUUCUGUCCCCACUUUCCUUACCAAUAAAAUGGGAUUGAAGUUCUACCAAACUAAAAUGGGAUUGAGGUUGGUAGAAGAUCGGGAAGAUUAUGGGGACUCAAAUAGGAAAGGCACUUAAAGCAACAUCUGGCAGGUGGACAGCGCUUAGUGUACAUGAAUUACUAUUAUUUCCAUCUUCACAGUUGUCAGUGCGUCAUGGGGCACAAAUACUAAUUUGGACAAGUGAAGAUCCUCUCCUAUUUGGUUUCCAGUAUUCACUUUCUCUUACCCAUUCUUCAACAUUUCUUUCCCGCCUGGUUCCCUUCCCCCAAUAACAAUGCCCUUGCUUUGUAGACUCAGAACAAAGCUCGCCACAGUUUAAAUGGUUUCAAAUGGGUCCAGGUCAUUGCAAUGAGCUAUGGUUGGGGUGAAGGAAAGGGAGAGGAACAGUGAAGGACAACGUUGCUGGUGUGGUACCUGAAAGCAGAAUGCCUCUGCAACCUGAGGAUUCUCUUUCCUCCCUGGAUCUCCUGCCUGCCUCAUGGUGGGAUACCAGGACUCCAGGACUCCCCCGGUGGCCUCCAGCACUUCAUGUUCUCCAGCCAUCCUUGGCAAGAAGGACUCUUCCCUUACAGUACAAGGAAAUGCUAGAACUAGUGAUCUCACCCAGCCUCACUGUAAACAGCGAUUGUCUGGAUAAACUGAAGUUUAACCGUCUUGACGCCGCUGUGUGGACUCUGAGUGACAGAGAAGGCAUCACCAAAUCAGCCCCCCUGAGAGUGUCCCAGCUCUUCUCAAGAUCUUGCCCACGUGUCCUCCCCAGCCAGCCUUCCACAGCCAUGGCAGCCUACGGCCAGACACAGUACAGUGCAGGGAUCCAGCAGGCUGCCCCCUAUACAGCGUACCCACCUCCAGCACAAGCCUAUGGAAUCCCUUCCUAUAGCAUCAAGACAGAAGAUGGCUUGAACCAUUCCCCUGGCCAGAGUGGAUUCCUCAGCUAUGGCUCCAGCUUCAGCACCCCACCCACUGGACAGAGCCCAUACACCUACCAGAUGCACGGCACGACGGGGUUCUAUCAAGGAGGAAACGGACUGGGCAACGCAGCCGGAUUCGGGAGUGUGCACCAGGACUAUCCUUCCUACCCCGGCUUCCCCCAGAGCCAGUACCCGCAGUAUUACGGCUCAUCCUACAACCCUCCCUAUGUCCCGGCCAGCAGCAUCUGCCCUUCGCCCCUCUCCACGUCCACCUACGUCCUCCAGGAGGCGUCUCACAACAUCCCCAACCAGAGUUCCGAGUCACUCGCCGGUGAAUACAAUGCACACAACGGACCUUCCACGCCGGCAAAAGAGGGAGACACAGACAGGCCGCACCGGGCCGCCGACGGGAAGCUCCGAGGCCGGUCUAAGAGGAGCAGUGACCCCUCCCCGGCAGGGGACAAUGAGAUUGAGCGUGUGUUCGUGUGGGACUUGGAUGAGACAAUAAUUAUUUUUCACUCCUUACUCACGGGGACUUUUGCAUCCAGAUAUGGGAAGGACACUACGACAUCUGUGCGCAUUGGCCUGAUGAUGGAAGAGAUGAUCUUCAACCUUGCAGAUACACAUCUGUUCUUCAAUGACCUGGAGGAUUGUGACCAGAUCCACGUUGACGACGUCUCGUCAGAUGACAAUGGCCAAGAUUUAAGCACAUACAACUUCUCCGCUGACGGCUUCCACAGUUCAGCCCCAGGAGCCAACCUGUGCCUGGGCUCUGGCGUCCACGGCGGCGUGGACUGGAUGAGGAAGCUGGCCUUCCGCUACCGGCGGGUGAAGGAGAUGUACAAUACCUACAAGAACAACGUUGGCGGAUUGAUAGGAGCUCCCAAAAGGGAGACCUGGCUACAGCUCCGAGCCGAGCUAGAAGCUCUCACAGACCUCUGGCUGACCCACUCCUUGAAGGCGCUAAACCUCAUCAACUCCCGGCCCAACUGUGUCAAUGUGCUGGUCACCACCACUCAACUAAUUCCUGCCCUGGCCAAAGUCCUGCUAUAUGGACUGGGGUCUGUGUUUCCUAUUGAGAACAUCUACAGUGCAACCAAGACAGGGAAGGAGAGCUGCUUCGAGAGGAUAAUGCAGAGAUUCGGCAGAAAAGCUGUCUAUGUGGUGAUCGGUGAUGGUGUGGAAGAGGAGCAAGGAGCGAAAAAGCACAACAUGCCUUUCUGGCGGAUAUCCUGCCACGCGGACCUGGAGGCACUGAGGCACGCCCUGGAGCUGGAGUAUUUAUAGCAGGAUCGGCAGCAUCUCCACUGGCCAUCACUCCCAGACUCCCUUGCCUUCCCCACCUCCCCGCCGAGAAUUCCAGAGACCCAGAUGUUGGACACCAGCCAGGGGCCCCGCCACCCACAGGACAUGUCCAGUGACCAUCUCCAAAGCCGUGAUCAGUCCAAAAGAGGGUUCGGAGAAGCCAAGUACCCAGCAUUGGCUUCGGAUUAUUUGACUUUGGGGCAAAGGGCUGGCUCAGGAGUCUAGACUCUUCUACACGACUCACAGAACAAAAGCAAGGAAUUGCCAACGUGGGGGAGGGCUGGUGAUGAGGAGGGGACACGUUUGUUUUGUCUUCUUUUUAAUUUAUGGACUAGUCUCAUUACUCCGCAGUUUUGCUCUUGUACCUGUGUGGCUGGGUUUCUUAGUCAUUGGUUUGGUUUGGAUUUUUGAGCUGGCAUGUGGGUGGUUCACAGUUCUAAUGUAAGCACUCUCUUCCUCAAGUUGUGCUUUGGGGGGACAAUCAUUCUUCGAACAUUAGGAGGGAGGCAGUUCAAGCUGUCGGGAAGACUGUUGCUUAUUUUGUUUUUAAAGACCCUACUUGACGUCAUGUGGACAGUGCACGUGCCUUACGCUGCAUCUUGUUUUCUAGGAAGAGGGGGAUGCUGGGAAGGAGUGGGUGCUUUGUGAUGGAUAAAAGGCAUUAAAUAAAACCACGUUUACAUUUUGAA